UCGUGUUUGUGAUGUUUAAAAAUGGCGGCAGAGUUCAGGCUACUACAGUCUCGGCUUCAUUUGGCUCAACGCCAGGGACCGUACGAAAGAUCUGAUGGGAGAGAGCUGAACGAGAGAAGACCAACGGCUUUAAACAUAGGUUCUAUAUCGACCGCUGACGGAUCAGCGCUUGUUAAGAUGGGGUGCACAACAGUAAUCUGUGGUGUGAAAGCGGAACUUGCUGAACCGGCGGUCACUACUCCGAAACAAGGGUUUAUCGUGCCAAAUGUGGAUCUGCUACCUCUCUGUUCACCAAUGUUUAAGCCAGGACCUCCAAGUGAACAGGCCCAGGCUUUAAGCAAGAUGAUGCUCGACGUUCUGACCAGUUCAGAAAGCGUAAACCUAGAGAAGUUGUGCAUAGAGGAAGGAAAGCUUUCGUGGUGCCUUACUGUUGAUCUGACGUGUCUGGACUAUGAUGGAAACAUGGCGGAAGCAUGCAUCUUAGCUGCCACUGCUGCACUCUGUUCAUUAACGCUGCCCAAAGUGGUCACAAGCGAUGGUGAAGUCAAUGUGUUACUGGAAAGAGAGAAGGUAGAUAUUAGCGAUGGUCCCCUGGCAGCCACAUUUGCAGUCCUUGCAGAUGAUACUAUUGUGGUUGACCCAACGCAUGAAGAAGAAUGCCUUGCUGCAGAGACCUUCACAGUCGUCUUGAAUGCUGAUAACAACAUCUGUGGAGUUCACAAACCAGGUGGCUUUGCACUCGGCACUGACCAGAUGUCCCAGCAUGUGGAAAUUGCAAGGAAGCUAGUGAAGGACACUCGUGAUUUGCUUUCUACAGCUCUGUCUAAUGUAACUCAGUGCACUGUAUAGAAGCAAACCGUCGAAUACUAGUUCAAUGUGAAAAUAAGUUGUAAGAAAGAUUUAUUUCAGUGACAAUCAACCUUUACUGAACAUUAAAAAUGUACACAUUCAACGACAGCAACACUCAGGAAAAAAAAAAAGCAUUGCUUUGAAACACUUCAUGCAAGUUAAAAACUAUUCUUUACACAUUUCUUUUGUAUGUACAUAUUUUGUCGCCACCACACACACCUCUACUGGGCAGCCUGCAGGGUUUGCCCAAGAAAUACCUUUACAAAAUUUGCAGUGUGGUGGUAACAAGGGAAAUUAUAAUAUAAAGUGUGCGAAAUCCCUUGUUAAGUAAAAACAAUGCAUCGAGAAGAAAAAAUAAUGCUAUCUACUUCAUAAAAAUCUCCUUGCCUGCUGAGUGGCAUGAUCAGUUUCUAUGUACAACACUGGAAAGUCGUUUACAAAGGCAGCAACAGUGCUUUGUAACAGCAACAACACUUUCCCUGGCCAUGUCUCAGUUUUGGUUGCCAAGAUGAAGCAUAUUCAACACAACUGUCCGACGGCCUGCAGAUGUUAAAAUUUCCCUAAAAGUGAAUAUAUACUACAGAAGACCACCCCCCAAAAUGCAGGAACGGACUAACAAUGCACUUCGUGGACCAGUUCCGACAUGCACUGAAACUGUGGCUGGUUGCAAAUUUUAAAAGUUUCCUAAAAGUGAUGUAGAGAAAAAAAAAAUGAAAUGAGACAUAACAUAGAGGACCACUCCCCUCAAAAUGCAGGAAGCUAUGUGCUUGGUGGCCACUCUGAAGCAGAAAAGCAUUCGCUGGAGAUUUAUGGUGUGCUAAUGAUGCAUGGCAUUUCUGCUGAAAUGCACAAAACAAAGGAAGGCCUGGUUGCGGUUAUGUUGUGCAUGCAACCUAGAGGGACUUGGCAGAAUUAAAUGUAUGCAGCCAUAGUUGAAAAAAUUGUGAAACUGGCCGCCUUUCAUGCCUGAAACAGAACGAAAGGGGAGGGACCUGCUUACCUAAAUAAUAAUAAUAAACAAGGUAAAGACAGCCUGCUUGAAAAAACAUCACAAAUGUUAUAGGCCAACUGCAACAAAAUUUUAGACCGCUUAACAAC